AUGCAUACUGACGACAGUGUUGCUACUCUCAAACCUUUGGAUGCCGACAUCUUUUGGAAUUUUGUUCCAGAAGAAGACGAUGGCGUUUUGACUGGCUCCGCAUUUCAUUUUGAAAAAGGGCAUCCAAUCAUCCGCAAGAUGAUGACUUACCUGACCUCUUCGUACCAUCCGAAAGAAUGGGCGUAUUCGGGUCCGGCAAUGAUACAGUCGGUUGUGCUGAAAUAUUGCCGCAAAAAAUUACCGGAACCGACGUAUCCGCUUUUUCUAUGUCCGGAGAUCAAAGUGUUGCCUAAGAAAUAUUUGUAUCCGUACAAAUUUGCCGAUUGGAAGCGCUUCUUCCUCACCAACGUGAGCAGCAGCGAUCCGAUUUUUGAAAGCUACGCUGUUCACCCUUAUAAUAAAUUGUCGAAAAAAGAGCCGAUCCUUGUUGGAUCCGAUCAGUUGUACAGCCAAAUUGCCAGGGUUCAUUGUCCAUUGACCUACGCUCACGCAGUUGCCGAUCUGGAAGUGGAUUUCUUCUAA